CACGGUCACACACCUAUCUGACCCAUGCACCACCCACGUGUAAGAAUCAAGAUGGAGGGCCUCACUCCUGAGCAGAAAAGCCAACUGGAGAUCUCACAAUUUAAGCAGUUUCUCUCUACGUAUAACCAAGUGACUGAAAGUUGUUUUGGUGAUUGUAUACAUGACUUUACUACAAGAAAGAUCACGAAAGAUGAAAGUGAGUGCUGUUCUCACUGUUUGGAUAAAUAUAUAAAGUUCACUCAGCGUGUCUCACAAAGACUGCAAGAACACUAUCAACAAACAGCAGCAACACAAUAAUAGUAUUUAUAUAAUAAACUAGAUCUAAAUACUUGUUUCCAGUUUAUCUAAUGAAUCACGUGUACAAACCAUCACUGCACCAUA